AUGAGAGGCGAGAGCAUUCCUUUCAGCGGGAAGCCGGGAACGCAUCUCCCCCGCUCUAUCUCCUCUUUCUCUCACCAGAGGCGCGUGAUGAAUCGAGGAGAAUUCCAGAGCUCCCUGGUGCAACAGAUGAUCUGGAGCGGCACUGGGGAUGGUGGUACCAGUAGUAUCAUGAGUAGCUUGAAGCCAUGCCACGAGGAACAAGAGGCGUCUCCCAAGCUGCCCUCCUUGUCUUCUCCCUCCAUGCUUUUCUCCCAGCAGUUUCCUCACAGCUCAUCAGGCCUGGGUCACAUCAACGGCGUCACCUCUCUUCUAAGCUUGCAUGACGGCAGCACCGGCACCCAGGAGCACAUGCCAGAGUCAUGGAGCCAGAUGAUAGUCAGUGGGGGAUUGGUUGGAGGUGAAGAGAGAGAGGGAUACAGCACCACCACGGCUCUCCUGUCAAAGGGACUAGAGAAUUGGGGGGAUCAUCAGGCUGCUGCAAGUGCAUGCAUGGUUGGAACCAAGGAGGACGGCUCCAUGCCUCAGUCCGUCGCCGGAGGCGCUCCUUCUUACAACUUCUAUGGGAGCCAUCUUGCUGGUGACGGACAUGAGAUCCAGCCCAAGUCCCAGCUGAGCCAGAUGCUCCUAGCCUCCUCUCCUAGGUCAUGCGUCACCACAAGCCUGGGCAGCAACAUGCUCGACUUCUCAAACAGCAUGGCACCGCCCCCGCCGGAGCUGAGGAGCCACCACCACUCCGACAACUCAUCCGAGUGCAACAGCACCGCGACAGGUUCAGCUCUCAAGAAGGCUAGGGUUCAGGCCUCGUCCUCAGCACAAUCUACUCUAAAGGUGAGGAAGGAGAGGCUAGGGGACAGAAUAACUGCACUUCACCAAAUAGUUUCCCCAUUUGGCAAGACUGACACAGCGUCUGUACUGCAAGAGACCAUUGGCUAUGUCAGAUUCCUCCUGGGUCAAAUUGAGGCUCUAAGCUACCCAUACAUGGGCCACGGCAGCAACGGGGCAUCCAUUCAAAAUGGACCAACUAGAGAAAGCAACCCUGGCCUCUUCCCGGAGUACCCCGGACAGUUGCUAAACCAUAAUAACAACACUGGAGGAGUACAGCAGCAGGCUCCAGGCCAACCAGAGCAACAGGGGUAUAUACAGGGUGCUGUGAAUGAAGAGGCGAGCAAGAAGGACCUGAGGAGCCGGGGCUUGUGCCUCGUCCCAGUCUCGUGCACGUCCCACUUUGGCGGGGACAACGCUGCUGACUACUGGGCCCCGGCGCCGCUUGGCGGGAUGAUCCUCCGGUAG